UAAAAAUAUAUAUUUAUAUUUAUAUCGCUUCGCGCGGUCUUUCGGUUUGGUCGUGUUGUCGGUUGUCUGGUUGGUGUCGCUUGCCUGGUUGCAUCUUAUCAGUUGUAUGUUGCUGCCGUUAGUGUUGCUGUCGUGUAUGUUGCUGAUAUUUAUGUUUCAUGUUGCUUAGACUUGAGACUUUGGCCGGACAGUGCAAGGUGCAUAAAGUGGUCUUUUCUUAAAAAGUAGAGCCCAGGCCAUGAUAUUCUGACACAAUUUCGAGUGGCGAACCGAACAGCAGAGUGCGAAACUGCAAGGCAGCGAAAAUGUGCGCGAAAUAAAUAUGCAUCCAGCAACAAUAGCAAGCGGAGCGAGGAAAAGUGUGUGUGAGCCGCGACGCCGCGCCGCCGCGAAGAAAGAAACCAAAGAGGCACAAAUUGAAAAUAAACAAAAAGAAAUUGCAUAAGUCGGACUUUUUGGCGUGCGCUUUGGCCAUCUUCUCUUACUGUUGCUGCUGUUGCUGAUGAUGUUGCUGCUGCUGUUGCUGUUGCUGCUGCGGCUGCUUCUUCUUCUUAACUGCUGCAAUAUUUGAGCUUUUGUUUUUGUUUAUCUCCCCGCCCAGCCCCGUCCCAGCUCCCCCUCAGGCGACAGAUGAGAUAAAAAAAACAAGCCAAAGAGCCACUACCAAAAAAAAUAAAAAUCCAAAAGAUAAAAAAAAAAAAGAGCUAACUUAGUGGCGACGUCCGGCAAUAUUUUACAAAAUUUUAAUCAACUCCGCUGGGCAGCUUGACCAUUUGACUUUUUUCGACCAAGUUUGCAUUCAAGUUUUAUUUUGUGUCGCCGGCAGUGUCUCCGGCCUGUGUCUACUAUAUGUUUCUGUGUCUUCUGUUGCGUCUCUACCGCCAGCCGCCAAACAUUUAUGCAACACCGUCCAGCAAGGGACUCACUCUGUUCGCAACUCACUGAGGUCCGUGUGAGAAAACCAUGCCUAUCUGCAAGAGCUCACAGGUAACUGCCAGCAAGAAAACCGCCACGGACAUAUCCGCCGAUCAUGUAACGGAAGCCGCCCAGGUCCAGCGGACCCGGGAGCAGGCCUAUUUCAACUCCUACGACUUUGAUGCAAUCGAAGUGCUGCCCUACGACGAGGAGGACGACGACACGGGUGACACGAGUCAGGGCAGGAGCCGGAGCCGGAGCCAGAGUAGAAGCCAGAGCCGGAGCGGAAGCAGCAGCAGUCGGAGUAGCAGUGCCAAGAGCUACUCUGCAGCCCACGAUCCGAAUGGAGUUGGAAAAUUCGCGUACCUGCAACGACUGGGAGCCUUCUUCGCCAGGAGUGGAGGCAAUGGCGGAGCAGGUGCUGCCGGAGAAGGAGUCUCCUCCACUACCGGAGGAAGUGGAGCAGCAGCUGGCCUGAAACCCACCAGUAGUAGCGAAAACUUCCUGCUGCCCCGUGCCAUGCUCAAGUAUCAAAGCACGGCGAGUGCAACACUGAGUGCAACAUCUGCAGCAACAGCGGCAGUGGCAACAACAGCCGCGAUGCCAUUGAAAAAGAAUGGAGUGGAGCACGAGGUGUCCAGUGGCGGUGGGGAGCGGAGCAAGAAGUGCUCCGUGGCUUCCAAUGUCAGCAGCACACAUACCUCGGAUUCGGGACUGCCAGCCACUGGCGCAACUGCAACAUCUGCAGCCAAUACAUCGGGAGGAUCUGGGGUGGCAGGAGGAGCCACAGCGUCCGAGGCGCAAGGCGGUGGUGGCUCACACUAUUCCACGGACAAAAGCGGCUCGUCCGGUUAUUACAGCUCCAAUGUCUGCUCCACAUACUCGCUGGACGAGCACAUCUACUGCGAACCGGUCAUCGGUGGCCAGGAGAAGAUCAAGAGUGUGGCCGCCAGGCAGCGGUUGCGGCCACCACUCCAGCUGCCGUCGACGGCGCUGCGGGAGGUGGCAGCAGCAGAAGCUGCAGCUGUGGCAGUGGCAGCCGCACCACCCCAUGUGGAUGCCACAACGUCGGGGGAAAACUCGUCCCCAGUAAAGAGUCAGCGCUCGGACAUGCAAGAUGCAGCCGGAGCUGCCGCAAACAGUGAGAGCGAGGCGCGGGGCGAGGGGCUGCUGUUGCACCACUACAGCGACAAGCUGCGCAUCCUGGAGACGAGCAUCGAGAACCUGGAUCGACACCUGAAGACCUUCCCCUGCCUGUACGCCCGGGAGCACAUCGUCAGCUUCAUGCAGGCCACAUCGCCCCAAGCCCUGGACAUCGGGGAGAAGCUGAAGGCCUACAACCAGCUGCCCACCAUCCUGGAGCAGCAGCAGCAGCAACUGUCGGACGACUCCCUGCUGGACAUUGAUCUGGACGCCUUCCUAUUGGCCCCCAACGGGGCGGGGCAGCGGGGCAUCGACAAUCCCAGCUUCCUGAAUGACGAACAGCUGGCGGAGAACAACUACAAGUGCGCCAAGUACAUCAAUUCCUGUCCGGAAGAUGCCUAUCGCCUGGAGAGCGAAAGGGGCGGAGGGGCAGGAAGGGGAGCUGCAGCUGCAGAUGCCGGAUCCGAGACCUAUGCCAAGCGCUAUGAGGAUCAGUUGCACUUCCAGAAUACCCGCGAGCUGCUCGAAGACGUUCGUGACAAGAUACGACUUCUCUCCCGGGUCACGCCCCAAUCCUCAGCGGCACCCACGCCCUCCACGACCCCGCCCCCGGAUGUGCCCAAGGAGCUGGAGGGCAUGAUCCACACCCUGAAACAGGAGUUGGAGUCGUACCUCCAGCGGAUGAACCAGCACAGUGAGCUGGAGCUCCGGCAACUGAGCAGCGGGUUGGGGCGCCAGCAGCACGUGGUCCGAAUGCAGAACGCCCUGGAACGGCGGCGCAGCUGUGCCGAUCUCCAGCUGAACGCCUAUGAAGCAGUGCGCGACGGAGUCCUAAUCUCGGCCAGCGGCAAGCCGCUAAGUGUCCGGGAACAGAUCAUGACCAUACGCUGUGCCAGCGAUCCCAACUUCAAGAUGAAGCGCAAGUCGAUUGCCGAGAUCUUCCCGGCAGCCGAGUGCUAUGUGGAGUCGGAGGUGACCACCACCAGUUUGUCGCGCAGCACCACGCCCUCUCCCGCCUCCACGCCGCAGCUGGAACUGGAGGCCCUGCAUCCGAAUCAGGGAAUAUCCACCACAACGGUGGUGACGCAGAUGCAGAGGAAUCUUACCUUCCACAAGCCCAUUCUGGCAGUGGGCGGUCAGGGAGCUGGAAACAUAAACACCACCGGAGCGUGUGCCGGCCCAGGAGGUGGCAAGGGGGACAGGGACAGCAUCACCGAGUGGCACCGCAAGAAGCCCAGCAUCUGGGAGAUGUACUAUGGAACGAAUCGUCUGCACCAGUCGCUCCUCGGCAAGCAGCGCAGUGGAGGCGAACUGGUCAUCAGCAGUGCCCAGCCGACGCUGUCCUAUCCAUCUUCUCGUCCUGAAUCGGACUUCACGCUCGACCUGCCCCGGGCCGAGCAGCUGCGCCUGAAAAUGGAAAAGGAAAAGAAGUUCCGCCAAAGAUGCCGCUUCAUAACCACCUUCCUGAGCCUGGUGUUCUUCCUACUAACCGUAAUGGUGGUCAGUCUGGUCUUGACCCGCGGCAAACGGAUGUUCGGCAGCAUGAUCUGACAUCUGAUAUCGUCCAAAUCCGACUCUGCAUUAGCAGAGAGCGCGAAUAUUUACAAACUACAGUGCCAACCACAAAUGUAACACUUUAGCGAAGCUCAAGAUUAGAGUUAUUGGUAGUCAUAAGCUCCACCUGGUAUUUUUGUGGCAGGGCAGGACGACACAACCGCAGUCGCAGUAUUGUUAAUAAAUUAUUUAUGUGAUCCUAGUUCUUAAGUCCAAGUGAGUGCAUUUCAAUGUUUGUACGAGUGUACUGCCUGUAUCCAGCAUAGAGUUUGUAAAAUCCAUAAUUAAGCCUAUUAAAAUGUAUUAAGUCUAAGUGUAUUGUAUGUUAAAAAAAUAAAAAAAAGAGUUGUGAAAGUGUCUAAAAUAAACAGAAUAUGAAGUACA